AUGAGGGGUAGCAGCGUAGAAAAAGCACAAAAGCUUUCAUUUUCCUUCUAUGAAAUGAAAUAUUUAUUCUCAGAAGAAGAAGAAAAGAAUUCCCACGCAGUGGAUAUCGCUAUCAUGACACGAGUGAAUGUACUUGGAGCGAGGUCAGUGUGUAAACGUAAUCGGAAAAAGUGUCAGGUUCUAAAUAGUCACUUUUAUGUGAGUUUAGCAAUGUUGCCAACAUCUCAAUUUUUCAAGAGGAGAAAACUAAAAUGA